AGCACAUCGCAGCAGCCAGGUCGCGAGGAAGAGCUCGUGAAAAGACGCGUAGACUUUUACUGUACUUCUCAUUUGACGCACGCUGAGCAGGGAUGAGUCUGGGGAGGUUUUCUACCGGAUCCGGCGGAGAUUAGAAACUUUAACUCUCCAUGAUUUAUCAGCGCCGUUUGGAGCAGGUGAGGAUCAGCAACCAGCUCCGAGGUGAAGUCUGCUGCCAGCUUCCAGGUUCUCCCAGAAUCCCAGAACUCUGAUCCCUGCUGGUCACAAUGGCUGCCAAUGUCACUCCUCAGGGUUGUGGCCCUAACCUGGACUCCCUCUAUUACAACUUGUGUGACUUCAGUGCCGCGUGGGGCAUUGUGCUGGAGGCCUUCGCUGCAGCCGGUGUCGUCUUCUGCUUUGUGCUCUUCAUCUCGCUGCUGGCCAGCCUGCCCUUCCUGAAAGACAAGAAACGCAGGAGCUCGGUGGCGCUCCACGCCUUCUUCUUGAUCUGCACUGCUGGUCUCUUCUGUCUCACCUUUGCUUUCAUUGUGGGAAAGGACUUUUCCACCUGCACCUCACGGAGGUUCCUCUUUGGCGUGCUGUUUGGCGGCUGCUUCGCCUGCCUCCUGAUGCAGUGUGUGAACCUGAACAUCCUCGCCAGGAAGGACAGUGGACCCCGAGCUUGGGGUUUGUGUCUGGGGGCACUGGGGCUGUGGCUGGUGGAGGUGGUCAUCAACACAGAAUGGCUGAUCAUCACAAUAGUGCGCCACCCACUGGGCCCGCUCAACGCCACAGCUGGAACUGGCAGAGCCAUGGCUACGCCUUGCAACAUCGCCAACCAGGACUUCGUCAUGGCCCUGAUAUAUGUGAUGACCCUAAUCCUGGCUGUGAUGGUGGCAAGUCUGGCCAUCAUGGCAGGUAGACACAAGAAGUGGAAGUGUAUGGGUGUCUGGAUACUUCUGAUCAGCCUGCUGUCUGUGGGAAUUUGGGUGGCAUGGAUCGUCAUGUAUGUCUACGGAAACGGGAAGCACGGGGGCCCCACAUGGGAUGACCCCACCUUGGCCAUCGCCUUGGUGGCAAAUGCGUGGGUGUUUGUCAUCCUCUACACCAUGCCUGAAAUCUGCUGUUUGACCAGCGAUGAUGAAAUCCAGCAAGGCUACGGAGAUGAGCUGUACCCGGCCCAAGGAGUCGGCUACGAGACGAUCCUGAAGGAACAGAGCUCCCAGAACAUAUUCAUGGAAAACAAAGCUUUCUCCAUGGAUGAGCCCAACCAAGGACCCAAGCCCGUGUCUCCAUACAGCGGCUACACCGGCCAGGUGCGCAGUUCGGUCUACCAGCCCACUGAGCUGGCUCUCAUCACCAAGUCAGUGGGAAAUCACCCUCCGGACCCUUCAUAUGACAUGAUCCUUCCUAGAGCUACUGUCCACUCAGCAGCCAUCAGCCAGAGCGGCGCCCCCCCAACACACACUGAGACUGAGACUCCAUACGCACAGACAAACGGAAAAAGUGGGAAUGGUUUACAUAGGACGACUCAGUGGUGAACACUCUAUGGCUCUCGACACCUCGCCACAAUAGCUUCAGCUGGCAUCUUUUAAUUUGUGUGUUUGCUGUUAUUCAUGGUUCCCCAAGUUGGUUCUAAGAGGAUCCCUCAACCCUGAUGUGGGGCUGAAUGCUGGGUCAUUAAUGGGAAACAGCUAAACCUUCUGUUCUACUGACUGACUUUCUAUGUGCCACUGGGUUUCGCACAGUACAGAGGUCCAUCUGAAAGCCAAAGCGAGAGGAUGAAGCCACAGCCAAAACAAAGACCUUUGCAGUGGUGGCUGAUCACUGAAGCUGGACCCAAUCACACAGCAGAAGACUGACGGUGCUGAUGGUGUAACUUGGUGCCGGCAGUGUCUUUGGCUCAAAGUGUGAAAUGCACUACACACAUCAUGAACAACUGUCACUGGAGUGGCAGCCACUCACAGCAUGAUGACAGCACAGGCUAAGCAGCACUAUCAGAAGGACUGCAUUCACUUACCUUCAAAAUACAAUGUGUACAGAAUAAUUAUAGGAAACUAUAUCAUAUGUUUGUAUGGCUGGAUUGUGAAUAAUGUUAUUAACUACUUGUAAAAUGGUAUUGCUGGUGAUGUCAGACUGCUAGUGUGUCCGUGGGUGUACACUGCAUGGAGGCAUAUGUACUGUAUGUUUAAUACCAUUUAUAGCACUACUGUGUGCUAUUUAAUCAUUUUAUCUCUUUUAUCUAAUUGUUAAUAUUUAAUUUUAUCCAAUGAAACAAUUGUGAGAAUAGACAGCUGAAGUCCCAUCUGUGAUUGUAAUGCUAAACAUAACUUUUCAUGCUGUAGGUUUCUUUCAUCAUUAUUAAAAAC